UUUCAGCAGAAGAAUUUACUUUCCUCGAGUUGGAUUCUACUUAACAUUGAUCAUAUCCAAAUUUACCAAAAUGCCUUCCAACAACACCAUUUCCGUGACGCUGUCGCAGCUCGCCAAGAUGAUCGACCACUCAUUGCUCCACCCUACAAUGACCGACGCCGACGUCCUGGCCGGACUCCAGAUCGCCAGAGAAAACAACGUCGCCACAGCCUGCGUGAAACCGUAUCACAUUCCGCUCGCUAUUAAGGAGCUGGCGGGCACCGAUGUCUUGGUAUGCCCCGUGAUCGGUUUCCCCCACGGCAACAGCACCACCGAAAUCAAAGUCCACGAGGCCACCGCCGCCGCCCAGGCCGGUGGUCGAGAAAUCGACAUGGUUGUCAACGUUGGCAAAGUGCUCGGUGGAGACUGGGAGUACGUCACCCGAGAGAUUGACCAGAUCAACCGUGCGGUUGGAUCCCACGGCGCCAUUCUCAAGGUCAUCUUUGAGAACGACUAUCUCCAGCCCGAGCAUAUCGUUCGGCUCUGCAAGAUCUGUACCGAUCUUGGAGUCGCCUUUGUCAAGACCUCGACCGGGUACGGCUUUGUCAAGCAAGGCGAUGGCUCGUACAACUACCUCGGCGCGACGGUAUCGGAUCUCAAGCUGAUGCGGCAGCACUCAGGGUCCAACGUCCAGAUCAAGGCGGCCGGUGGUGUCCGCACACUCGACGACCUGCUGCACGUCAUGAGGCUGGGCGUCACUCGGAUUGGCGCUACGGCGACGGUGGCUAUUCUGGCAGAAGCGAAGAGGCGUGGGAUUAGCAAUGAGCCGACGUUAGUCAGCUUCAAGUCUAUGGAGGAGAAGGUGGGAGGAUAUUGAAAAGGCCUUUGUGAGGAGGAGAUGAGAGGGGUAUAGAUGUAGAGAUCAUGGAUGAUCUGGUUUCUUGAUGUAUAUAUUGUCCUCAAUCCUUCACAGUUAUUCUCUCAGCUGUAAGUGUAAACUGAACUAAUAUUCGUGAUGGCUAUGUGGUUGUCUUUCGGGUAAGAUUUACAAUGGAGGAGAUAUCUCCAGGACAGAAUACAUAUCUAUCCGUCG